AAGACGGCAAAGCGGACAUCAAGACGCGGACAUCAAGACGGAAAAGCGGACAUCAAGUCGGCAAAGCGGCAUCGACACAGGUGAAUUAAACGACCAAUACCGUUGACAACUUGACAUUGCUGAUUGCUCACAUCGCAUUUAAACAUUCCGCAUUCGGCUCUGUUUGUAACAAGAGAAGCAAAUUCAAUAGAAAAAGAAUAAAAAAUGGAAGUGACGAGCAACAAGCAGGUGAUAUUGAGAAACUAUGUCACCGGCUUCCCUAAAGAAUCCGACAUGCAAUUAGUCACCGCCGCCACCACCGAGCUGAAGCUUCCAGAAGGUUCCAUUGGGGUUCUGGUGAAGAACCUCUACUUGUCCUGCGACCCUUAUAUGAGAGGCCGCAUGACCAAGCGCGAACCCGGCAGUUAUGUCGGCUGCUUCGUCCCCGGUUCGCCUAUAACCGGAUACGGAGUGGCUAAAGUUUUGGAAUCGGGGGAUCCCAAGUUUAAGGAAGGCGAUUUCGUUUGGGGGAUGACUGGGUGGGAAGAAUAUAGUCUCAUCACUGCCACAGAGACCCUGUUUAAGAUUCACGACAUCGAUGUCCCUCUCUCUUAUUAUACUGGAAUUCUAGGUAUGCCUGGCAUAACUGCUUAUGCUGGCUUUCAUGAGGUCUGCAGUCCAAAGAAAGGAGAGACAGUCUUCGUUUCGGCCGCAUCUGGAGCAGUAGGUCAACUUGUUGGGCAAUUCGCAAAGUUGUUGGGUUGCUAUGUUGUUGGGAGUGCUGGAAGCAAAGAAAAGCGAGUUAAGGUUGAUUUGCUGAGGAACAAGUUCGGGUUUGACGAGGCUUUCAAUUAUAAAGAAGAACCUAACUUGGAUGCUGCCUUAAAAAGGUACUUUCCUGAAGGCAUCGAUAUAUACUUUGAAAAUGUUGGGGGAAAGAUGCUCGAUGCAGUCCUACUAAACAUGAGGAUGAAUGGCCGAAUCGCAAUUUGUGGGAUGAUCUCGCAGUACAACCUUGAGCAAACAGAAGGUGUGCAUAAUUUAAUAUCACUCAUCUCUAAACAGGUCCGUAUGCAAGGUUUCGUGGCUUUUAGUUACUAUCAUCUAUACGGGAAGUUUCUUGAAACAGUUCUACCUGCCAUAAAAGAAGGGAAGAUAAUAUACGUGGAAGAUGUAGUUGAAGGCCUUGAGAGCGCUCCGGGGGCUCUGGCAGGGCUCUUUGCUGGCCGCAAUGUCGGAAAGCAGGUGGUUUUAGUUUCUAGGGAUUGACUCCGUCACAGACGUCCAGUUGUCCCUAUGGAAUCUUGAUACUUGUAUAAAAGGCGUCAAAAUGACUUGAUUGAGCACUUGUGGGGUUGAAAUAAGAUCAAGAAACUUAAAACAAGCUUGUGGUAGGUGUUUUUUAUUAAGUUUAUUUGGUGGCUUUUUUUUUAAGUU